GAGGGAGAGGGAGAGAGCGCGCGAUACAAGCGCGCGCACAUCCAGGUCCGCUCGAGCAGUGUGGAGUUGUGGAGCAGAGCGGAGAGAGCGCGCGCCGGAGAGAAGAGAGCGCGAGGAGGUGCGAGGAUUCACGCGCUUGCUUUCAGUCUCGUCUGCGCUCGCGUUUAAAGAGUUUAAGAGGAUCGCAUUAGAUCUGAUCAGAUCACACGCAGAUCUUCUCGGUCAUGGCGGGGGCGAAGGCGCUCGACCUCAUGCUUGGAGUUGUGUUACUUCUGCACGCUCUCGGAAGUCUGUUCCAGAUCACACGCGGGGAAUUAACCACGGAUGGAGGUUCGUAUUCCAUGCUUCAGAGCCCGGCACAAGAUGACGACAUCACAGUGGAAGUACUCAGGAAGAGGCGGUGGCUGUCUGAGCCGAGAAUGACCAGCAACAAAGCCAGUCAGGAUACCUCAGAGGCGGAGUCGCAGGAUUUACCUGGACCGCUGACAGAUGCUGAAGCAGAUAACAGCUCCCAGAUAGCAGAGGACACAGAUCACAACUACUACACAUCCAAGAUGUACGGCUUUAACGAUCCCAUGAGCAAAGAAUUAUGGGUGGACAUUGAUCAGAUGGACAAGGAGAAAGUGAAGAUUCAUGGGAUCCUUUCUAAUACACACAGACAAGCAGCGCGGGUCAACCUGUCUUUUGAUUUUCCAUUUUAUGGGCAUUUUCUCAGAGAGAUCACUGUGGCAACCGGCGGUUUUAUUUACACAGGAGAUGUAGUGCACAGAAUGCUGACAGCCACGCAGUACAUCGCUCCUCUCAUGGCGAACUUCGACCCCAGUCUAUCCCGAAACUCAACUGUCAUUUAUUUUGACAAUGGCACUGCACUGGUGGUUCAGUGGGAUCACGUUCACCUCCAGGACUCGUACAAUCUGGGCAGCUUCACGUUUCAGGCCACAUUACACAGGGAUGGCAGAAUUAUCUUCGCCUACAAGGAGGUUCCCAUUCAGAUCGCGCAAAUCAGCUCUGUUAACCAUCCAGUGAAAGUCGGCCUCUCGGACGCCUUCGUGGUGGUUCAUAGGAUUCAACAAAUUCCUAAUGUCCGGAGGAAGACCAUCUAUGAGUAUCACCGUGUGGAGUUGCUGAAGACCAAAAUCACAAACCGAACAGCUGUUGAAAUGAUGCCGCUCCCUACAUGUCUCCAGUUUAGAAGCUGUUCCGCCUGCAUCGCUGCCGAGAUCAACUUCAAUUGCAGUUGGUGUCACCGACUUAACAGGUGCUCUAGCGGCUUUGAUCGCCAUCGGCAGGACUGGGUAGACAACAGCUGUCCAGAUGAGACAAAGGACAACACAUGCGACAUCAACACCACUCAGUUUGAGUCGUCUACCACUGCUGCAACAGUGACCAAGACAUCAACGAGGAACAGAGCCGUCACAGAGGCUGAUUCCACCCAGUCGACAUCACGUCCACCCACCAGUAUGCCCACGGAAGAUGACACCAAGAUUGCCCUUCACCGCAAAGACAACACAGUGGCAGCAGCACACAGCAUGGCGGAGAAUCAACGGGAACCAACCAGCAACAAACACAACCUUCACACGGGCCUGAUCUUGGCUAUGCUCAUGCUGAUGUUGGUCAUAAUGGCUGUGUUGCUGGUGACUGUUUACAUCUACCACCACCCCAGCUCAGCUGCCAGUCUUUUCUUCAUAGAGAGACGACCGAGCCGGUGGCCUGCCAUGAAGUUCCGCCGUGGUUCGGGGUACCCUGCAUACGCCGAGGUCGAGCCUGUCGGCCAGGAGAAAGAGGGAUUCAUCGAGGCUGAGCAGUGUUGAGGUCCCGACCUUUGAUCUAAAAGUACCCCUACCCCCAGACACUGCCCUGCCCCCUCGACACUCAUUCUUCAUCAUACAUCAACCAUGUAAACCACAGUGUGGAUAUAAAAUCCUUCCUGCAAGUAAAAGAAGUAACUGGUGGCUGAUGAGUAGCAGCAGAGAAUCAGAUUCCUACAGCUUGAUGAUCAAACAAGUUGCAAAAAAACUGAUUUUGGGAUCAUCUUUGAAACCGAGCUCUAGAUCUGAUCUAGAACCAGCUCACAAAGCCUCAAUCCCACUGGAACAGAUUUGGAUUCAAAUUAAAUGCGUUCUUUUUACUUCCACUACCAAAACUUUGUAAAGAUCAUGGCUGUGCAUUUCCGCUUUAUGGUUUAAGAGAGUUUAUUUAGGUCUUUCUAUAUCUUUGCAACGGGUUUUAGGGGUUGUGUGUUUAUUUCAUUGUGUUUCAUUUUAUUGUUAUCAUUAUUUUUGGAGGGAUUUGAUGCAGAUUGUUGCUUGAAACGCAAUUAUACUCAAAAUCAUUUUGUGCUUUCUUAUUCUUUUUUGCUACAAUUGGAAAACGUUCGCUCUCUGUAUCCAACAGCGUUGCUCAACUUUUCCAUGCCUAUGACUCAUACCUACAUUACAUUUUUGCACAAAUAAUUUGAAUGCACAUGUUUUGUUUUUUUGUCUUUGUUUUUUACAUUGGGUUACUAAUGCAAGUUUAAAGACUGGAUCUUUGUCUCCUGUACAGUAUGUGUCAGAAUGGAGGUGGGUUUAUUGAUUUAUAUUAUUUUUCUGAUGGUUUCAUCUCUUGUCCCAUGACACACUAAGUGAAGACUCCUCACAUCCCACUGCAAACGUUUACUCGUCAGAACUGGUUCCUGUUUAGUUGCUUAAACACGUUACGCGCAAUAGACAUGUCAGUGGAGGUUACCACACAAAUGAGAAUAUAUAUUUGAUAUCUGUUCAUAUGUAAUUACUUCUAUAAAGGUAUAAUGGUGUUUAAAUGUUAAUUAUCAGCUGUGUUCUCAUGAUAUGAGUGGAGUGGGAUUUUUUCGAUUGAAUGAAGACUGAACGAAUGAAUAAAAUCCUUCAGUUUCAUUCUGCAAUUCAUUAAUUCUCCAUAUAGAAUCAGAGAAAUAGAUUUCUAUUAAUGUAGCAUAAAUACCAAUAAAUACUAACCACCGUACUUUUUCUUACAGUCAUUUCAAUAUCGGUAUGUUAUUCUUGUUACACUUUUAAGACUCGGUUGUCAUUUUAAUCACAGCACAUUUUAAUCACACUUCUUGUUGCAAUUGUUUUACUGUUUUUAAGACCAAAGACCCAUUUCACUGCAUCAUAACUACUGUUCCUUAGUCCUCCUGCUCUUUCUCUCUCUCUCUCACACACACAAAUGCACACACAGACAUGGAAUAUAGACUCAGGUCAUGAUUGGGAGAAUUACAGAGAAAACCCGAAAGGCAAAUAAUUAAGAUAAACAAUCAAUUACAGAAGCAAAUAAUUUUGGGGAAAAAAAGAAGUUGCUUGUUUUACACAAUGCUAAUAGUCAAUACUUAUGAGAAUGCAGGAAAGGUGCCUGGGACAUCUUUUAUUUUGUGGGGCUUUUUUUUACGUACGAUUGUGCUUUUUCUGUUUUUUCUUUUCUGUACCACUGGACUCAUUUAUUGAAUUUCAUCCAGCCUGAGUGUGCGUGCGUGUGUGUGUGUGUGUGUGUGUGUGUGUGUGUGUGUGUGUGUGUGUGUGUGUGUGUGUGUGUGCUUGGAGUUUUUAAGUGAAUGAAUGACAGAUGAGGAGAAUGUAAUGUUUAACAGCAAGUCAUGCUCUGAAAUACAGGAUUUUUCCUCUGAGAGCCGCUGGACUAGUUGAAGCUGUAACUCAAUGUGCUCCUUUAUCACCACUGUCAAUUUGAUUGCAUUUUAAAUCAAUAAAGUUGUUUAAACAAG